AUGGCUGCACAAGUUUCAAACAGCACAUUUAGUUUCAAUCUUCAAAUUGCCAGAUUUGAUCUUCCACCACAAGCUGUUUAUCCUGUCGUUAUUACUGGAACUCUGAUCUAUUUGUUUUCAGUGUUGGGUAACGUGACAAUCCUGGCUCUGAUUGUGACCCAGCCAAAACUUCAUAAGCCGAUGUUUUACAUUAUGUUCAGUCUCCCUCUGGCAGACCUUGUUGGAAUAACUGUUUGUCUUCCCAGAAUUCUUGUGGAUAUUGUAACACAAGAAAACACAGUGUUUUACCCGACAUGUGUCCUACAGGCUUUUUUAAUUCACUUUUACGGAGGCGGUGUAGUUUUUGUCCUGGCAGCCAUGUCAAUUGAUCGCUAUGUAGCAAUAUGCCACCCACUCAGAUAUCACUCUAUAAUGAAUUCUUGGACAGUCUGUGGUAUCAUAGCUGUAGCCUGGGGGGUCGAUUUUAUCCUGAUCGGUGUGUUGUUUAUACUUCAAAGCUUAUUUCCAAAAUGCAAAACAUUUAUUGCCACUGUAUACUGUAAUAAUACCUCUUUGCUUAAACUAGCAUGCGGAGGUGACUUUACUGUAAACAAUGUUUAUGGAUUGGCUAUAACUGCAUUUUUUCAUGGUGUUAGUUUGGCUAUUCAAUUAUUAUGCUAUACACUCAUUCUUAAAGCCUGCUUCUCGCACACGACUGCAGAUGCUAGAAGUAAAGCUCUGAACACAUGUUUAGCACAGUUAAUUACCUUUGUUCUGUAUGAAUUUAUUUCGUUGUUUACUAUAGUAUCAUACCGCUUUGAUAGUAUACCACCCACUGUACAGAAAGUUAUUGGUUUGCUAAUUUUUACAGUUCUACCUGUCAUAAAUCCGAUUAUAUUUGGAAUGAAAACAAAAGACAUACGAAAUACAUUUCUUAUGGUUUUGAAAAAAACUAAAGGUAACCUCGUAAGUGUGGCAUGA